CUUUUUAGUAUAUUUAUCAUACCAAUUAUAUUUCCUUUUCGGGGGGAGUGUCUGCCUGCUAGUCACGCGUUUCGCAGGAACGCGCGUCGACCGACUAUCGGGGACAAACUGCGCGCGCUCGCGGGCCACGAGAUCGCGCGUGGACCGCCCGUCUUUCCGUGCUUUUUUUUUUCUCCGCCUCCCGUCCUCUCCACCCUCGCACUGGGAGCCCGAGCCUCCGGAGCGCAUCAGUGACACCGCCCGGACAGGAGGCGCAGCAGGACUGCGGGUCCAUGAGAGAGGCGCUCAGGGUGGCUCGCAGCGUACGCAACGCAUCAUCUGCACAUCUGCAGCCGGCGACGCAUCUGGGCAGGCGCAGCGCACGGGCCAGCGAUGGAAGGCAUGGCGUACGGAGCGGGGAAGGCCGGGGGAGCCUUCGACCCCGUCACCUUCAUCCGGCAGCCGCAGACCAUCCUCCGCAUCGUGUCCUGGCUUUUUUCCAUCGUGAUUUUUGGUUGCAUCGCUAACGAGGGCUACGUGAACCGGCCAAAUGAGGUUGAAGAAUUCUGCAUCUUCAACCGCAAUCAGAAUGCCUGUAAUUACGGUGUCACCAUGGGAACCUUGGCCUUUCUGUGCUGUGUCGCCUUCCUGGCCCUGGAUGUCUACUUCCCCCAGAUCAGCAGCGUCAAGGACCGCAAGAAAGCUGUGUUGGCCGACGUCGGUGUGUCUGCCUUUUGGUCAUUCAUGUGGUUUGUGGGCUUCUGCUUCCUGGCCAACCAGUGGCAAGUGGCCAAGCACGAGGACAACCCGCUGAGGGAGGGUGGAGAUGCUGCUCGGGCUGCCAUCACCUUCUCCUUCUUCUCCAUCUUCACAUGGGCGGGCCAAGCAUUUCUAGCAUUCCAGAGAUACAAGCUGGGGGCAGACUCUGCCCUCUUCUCCCAGGACUACACGGAUCCCAGCCAAGAUGCAGCCAGCGCCCCCUACAGCUCAUACGCUGGUGGUGACCUGGACAGCCCCUCCAUGAGCGGCUCCUACCAGCAGCCCCACAACGAUGCAGCUUUCGAUGCUUCUGCUGGGUAUCAGCGCCAAGACUACUGAAGAGCUUGGAAUGAGGGCAAGAAAUCUUCACCAUGAAUCAUCCCCAACAAUAAGCACAGCACACGGAACCCAGCAGUGUUGAUAGUAAAUAGGAUAUUCUUUAAUUUUGCUUGUUCCAGUUCUUUGAAAGUAGGGUCAAGAACUAAAGCCAAGCUGAAAACGACCAUGACACGUCAGAGUCAUUUACCCUCCAAAUCUUAAUGGAAAUGUCUGUAUACAUGUGUCUGUGUUUUCUUCCUGACCUAAUCACAGUAAAACCUCUUGUUCAAAACGGUCAUCACUCUAAGGCUUUAUGUGAUCAGGCAAAAGAGGCAGAAUAUCGAAACUUGAGGUCUGCGCUCAGCUUUGCCAUACAGGGAUCUUAUGUGACUUUGCCUUCCCCUUAAGUUGGAAUGUGAUGCCAUGCUAACUUGACUCGAUUCUGGAACCUCAUACUAUGAUCAUAUGAUCGUAUGGGGACAUGAUUAAUUCAGCAUGGCCACAUCCUGCCUUUGUUUGAAACAUCAGACUUAUAUGUUACUGUGGAGAAGUCCAUCUGCUAAAGGAAGAAAAGUUAAAGUCCUCUACAUACACUUUGGCUUCACUGAUGGCAGCCUUGCAGGGCUGCUUUAAUCCAGUUGUAUUUUCAUGAUCAACUUGUCCCACUUUAUGGGAUCUGGAGCAUCUGCCCGUCCUCAUAGAUCACUAAGCAGGGAAGGCCACCAAGUUUUAUGUACACUUCAUUUGCACCAAGUUGAAACAGGCGCUUGGCUCCACCAAGGCUGAAUUCCACCCUGCACACCCACCCCAUCUUUCAACAUUGACUGCCAACAACAUGUAACAGACAGUGGCCCAUAAUUAGCCAAAAACCACAGCUGGGAUCUUAGCAAAGGUAGAUCAGGGGACUAAUACUGUUAUUAACAAUGCUUAACUGUAGAAUACCAGCCAGGGAACAUAGAUAUGCUACACUCUUAUAUGUAAGAGCUACAAAUCUAUUUGUUUACCAAUAAAAAUAGUUGGAGUGCAAAUAUUAUGACAAAUCAGCACUUUGGUAGAAGAUAUACAGAGGAAUAAAUAUAGACCAUUAAAAAUCAAAAAUAUAUCAUUAUGAAUGCUUAUCAGCAAUUUUUGUCAGACAGAUGCACCGAUAAUUAAAAUAUAUUCUA